AUGACUCUCUCAAAACAAGUCUUCCCUUUACUCCUCUUCUCCCUUUUCAACUUCCCUCUCUUGCACGCCUCUAACCCCAGAAAAUGUUCUUCUUAUUAUGAUUCACUUAGAUGUGGACGCUUCGAAGACCCCAUCCGUUUCCCUUUUUGUGGCCACACGGGAUUCAAUCUCCACUGCACCRAUCUCAAUAAGACAGUCCUAGAGCUUCCUAUGUCUGGAAUAUUUCUUGUGGAUGAAAUCAAGUACGCGAAGCAGCAGAUUUUAAUCAACGACCCUCGAAAGUGCUUGGUUAAACGGCUUUUAACAUUCAAUAUUUCAGGAACUCCUUUCUCUCAUCGCCUCAAUGUUGACUACACUUUCUUGACCUGUCCUAAGGAGGUGGUGAUGCCGUCUUGGUAUCCGCCCAUUCCUUGCCUAAGCAAUUCUACCUUUUCAUUCUUUGCAACGUCUAAUUUGGCUCUAGCAAACUCGAUGCUGCCUUCUUACCAAGUCGUGAAGAGAGUAGAUGUUCCGGCUAGUUGGCUGUUUCAAGAAUCUAUAUUUUCUAGUUCCAUCAACUAUGCAAGCCUCUUGCUGGAAUGGGACUCGCCGAAUUGCAAAAGUUGUGGAAUGGCUAACAUGAGAUGA